AAUUUUUGUGUAAAAAUUCCUCUAUAUGUUUUUGUAUUUAUUUUUCAAUAACAUUUUAGUCUUAAUUUUAGAUUAAGAAGAAGAAAUUGAUGAAGAAACAAAAGGCCAGCUUAAAAACAUGGGGACAAAAUAGCCGUUAUUUUCUCCUUUUUUUCUUUUGUAUUCUUUUACGCGUUUUCUUAAAUUUUAUUUAUUUACUUUCUUUGAAACAAACCAAAAGAAAAUGCUGCUCUCCAAGACAUUCCGGUCCAAAAAGCCUCUGAUCUUUAACAAAUCGACACAAUCACCACCUGAACCAUCAUCAUCUUCUUCUUCUUCAUCGUUAUCAAUAUCAAGAACAUCACAAGAGAAAUCAAGCUCAAGGUCGAGAUCAUGGUGUGUGUAUCUUAUCCUUUCUACAAACGCUCUUAAAACCUAUGUUGGUGCUACCAGUAAUUUCUCUCGCCGCUUGAAACAACAUAAUGGUGAACUUAAAGGUGGCGCAAAAGCAUCAUGUGCAGGAAGGCCAUGGAUUUGUGCAUGCAUUGUCCAUGGUUUUAAUGAUCAAAGUGAAGCUUGCAAGUUUGAGUCAAAAUGGAAAAGUGUGUCAAGAAAAUUACCUCGAAAAGGGAAGACCGUCGAUGGAACGAAGGAGAGUGUUGACGAUUCGCAUGCUUUGCUGCAACACAGGCAAAAAGCUCUAAGUGGGGUCAAAGGUUUGUUUGAUUUCAAUCACUUAGAGAUCGACUGGAAACUGGAUCCAUUCUAAUUUGAAAUAAUAUGGUAUCUGCCAUAUGCCUACUUGAUUUUAUAGUUUAGCAUUUACGGUAGUGAAAUUAUUAUGUAAUUGUGAAUAAUAUUAUGUCUUACUCCUAACCAACAAGUUGAUAGUCAUUGUAUACUUGCCAAUCAUAGCAACAUAGGAGGGUUGGAAAAUGAAGAGCCUGUACUAUAUGUGCAAGCACUGAAUUGUAUUCUUUUUUCCGUCUUAAUGAAUGAGAAGCAUGUGUUCUCAGAAUGCAGAAAUAACUCAA